UCCAGAAUUAGAAUGUCUUGUAUAUGCCCUUUUAGAUACUCAGUCAGACUCUAGUUUCAUUUCAGAUACUACUUGCGAUCGGUUAGGUAUCGAUGGACCCCACAUACAGUUAUCAUUAUCAACAAUGUUUGCGAAAGAUAUGCGAGUAGAUAGUCGUAAAAUGACUGGCUUAAUUAUCAGAGGACAUAACUGUGACAUUAGAAUUCCUUUGUCAACUGCGUAUACAAGAAACGAAAUACCUGCUCAUCGUUCUCAUAUCCCUACACCUGAAAUAGCACGUAGGUGGCCUCACCUUGAAACAAUUGCGAAUGAAUUAAUGUCACUGAACUCUUGUUAGAUUGGUUUGCUUAUUGGUUAUAAUUGUUCCCGUGCGUUAUUACCUCGUGAAGUUAUCCCCCCUGUAUUGAAUGAACCCUUUGGUCAGAAGACAGAUCUUGGAUGGGGAAUUAUUGGUAAUGUUGAUCCAGACAUAAAUAAUGAACUUAAAUGCGAUGAGUUUAUGUUUUGUAGUCAUAAAACUGAGAGUAAUGUUCAACCACUUCAUUCGAUUAGAGAAGUCUCCGAUCUAAACAUUCGAACACGACAUGCGUUUAUUUCAUUUAAAACUCAAGUGAAAGAAAUCGUAAGCCCUUUUAAUAUUCUCAAGAUUUUAGAAACUGACUUUAGUGAUCUCCACUCUUGCAGUAAUCAAACAUAUUCACGUGAAGAUAAACAGUUUUUGAAUAAAAUGUCAGAAAGUAUACAUUUAACAUCUGAUAAUCACUAUGAGAUGCCCUUGCCAUUUAGAGAUAGGGAACCUACACUUCCUAACAACCGAGCUCAUGCGUUACAAAGACUUUUACCAUUGCGUAAUAAAUUUAAGAAGGAUGAAAAUUAUCGGCGUGAUUAUCGUCAGUUUAUGUCAGACAUUAUAAGUAAAGGAUAUGCAGAAAAAGUUCCUGCGGAUGAACUUCAUCAAGAUAUCGGUAGAAUAUGGUAUAUCCCUCACCACGCGGUUUACCACCCGAAGAAGCCUAACAAAAUACGCGUAGUAUUUGAUUGCAAUGCCAGAUUUAAAGAACAGUCAAUAAACGACCAUCUUCUUAAAGGCCCAGAUCUUACUAACACGCUAACUGGUGUACUCUGUAGAUUUAGAAAAGAAUCCAUAGCUGUGAUUUGCGACAUAGAACAGAUGUUCUAUCAGUUUCGUGUAAAUACAGAACAUCGCAAUUAUUUAAGAUUUCUUUGGUGGAUCAAUGAUGAGGAAGAGCCUACGGAUUUUAGGAUGACAGUACACUUAUUUGGUGCUGGGUCAUCACCUGGUUGCGCAAACUUUGGUUUGAAACAGGCUGCUAUCGAUAACGAAGAGGAAUUCGGUUCUGAAGUAACAGAUUUUUUGAAACGAGAUUUCUACGUAGAUGAUGGUUUAAAGUCUCUUCCUACUGAAAGAGAAGCGAUGAAUCUAAUAGAUGGAAGUAGAAACUUGUUAGCUAAGUGCGGACUCCGAUUACAUAAGUUUGUAUCAAAUUCUAAAACAGUUGUUAAUUCAAUAGAUCCAGAAGACCGAGCUAAGGAGAUACGAGAUCUCGAUUUAUUCAAUGAUGAACUUCCGAUGGAACGUGUAUUAGGUAUACAAUGGUGUAUUGAGUCGGACUGUUUUCAAUUUCAUAUAACUUUGAAUGACAAGCCAUUGACUAGACGUGGAAUACUUUCCACAGUAUGUUCUAUAUAUGAUCCAUUAGGUUUUAUAGCGCCGUUUUUACUAUUAGGAAAACAGAUACUCCAAGAACUUUGUAGAAGUCGUAUUGAUUGGGACACUAGUAUUCCUGAAGAUAUGCGGUCACGCUGGGAACGUUGGCGAGAUAAUCUUGUGCAUCUUUCGUCAGUGAAAAUUCAGAGAUGUUUUAAACCACAAACCUUUGGUCAAGUAACAACUCGAGAGUUACAUUACUUUUCUGAUGCAAGUACCUACGGAUAUGGUCAGUGUACAUACUUGCGAUUAGUUGAUGAUCAACAAAACGUAUAUUGCUCACUUGUUGCUGGGAAAUCACGAGUAACACCACUUAAGCCUAUAACUAUACCUCGUUUAGAACUUGCUGCUGCCCUUGUUUCGGUUAGAGUCGGUGUGCAUUUGAAGAGUGAACUCGACUAUGAUGACAUUAGUGAAAUUUAUUGGACCGAUAGUAAGGUUGUGUUAGGAUACAUAAGUAAUGAUGCCAGACGUUUUCAAACUUUUGUUGCGAAUCGAGUCCAACAAAUUCGAGAAGCGUCGUCACCUGCUCAGUGGAAUUUUGUAUGUAGUUCUGAUAAUCCUGCGGAUGCAGCUUCUCGUGGAUUAGAAGUUGACGAACUGGUUAAUCAGUCGAAAUGGUUUACCGGACCUGAUUUUUUGUGGAAUCUUGAACUUCCCGUAAAUUGCGAUUUCAAAGAAGAAUCCCUAAUUUCCAAGGAUGACCCAGAAGUAAGAAAAGUUCAAGUAUUUGCAACACAGUUAACAAAACCUACUGUAAAAUUCGACUUAUCACGUUUUAAGCAUAUUUCAACAUGGUUUCGAGUUAAAAGAGCUGUUGCCCUGUGUCUGCGAUUAAGAAAGAAGAUACAAGUUAAUCAGGCGAGUCUGAAAUCUGUUUACACACCUUUAACCGUGGAUGAAUUACAACAUGCUGAAACAAUAAUCAUUAAACUUCUUCAAUCACAAGUUUUCAGCGAAGAAAUACAAAUUUUGAAGAAAUUACAGAAAGCGACUGAUGAUAAUGCUGCGAAGAGAAAACUAAAGAAAUCAUCAUCGUUAUAUAAGUUAGAUCCAUAUCUUGAUCAUAAUGGUAUAAUUCGAGUUGGUGGACGCCUUAAAUUGUCUAAUUUGGACCCUGCAGAAAAGAAUCCAAUAAUACUGCCUAAGAAACAUCAUUUGACUACGUUGAUCGUUCGUCAUUUCCAUGAAACUGUAAAGCAUCAAGGUAAAGGUCUCACAACUAAUGAGAUACGCUCCAGUGGAUUUUGGAUAUUAGGAUGUAGUUCAGUCGUUUCAAGUUACAUCUAUCAUUGCGUCAUCUGUCGUAAAUUGCGAGGAAGAGUACAAGAACAGAAAAUGUCAGAACUUCCUGAAGAUCGAUUAGAGCCUGCGCCUCCCUUCACAUAUUGCGCUGUUGAUUGUUUUGGACCAUGGACUAUUAAGGAAGGAAGAAGCGAACGAAAGCGUUAUGGUGUAUUAUAUACAUGUAUGACUAGUCGAGCUGUUCACAUAGAAAUUGCGAAUAGUUUGUCAACAGACUCAUUUAUUAACAGUUUGCGUCGAUUUAUUGCUAUUCGCGGUCCUGUACGCCAGUUACGUUCGGAUAACGGCACCAAUUUUGUUGGAGCAAAAAGAGAAUUAUCUGAGCUUAUUCAUAAGAUCAAUCAUGAUCAUGUUAGACAAUAUUUGUUAGAAAAUGGUUGCGACUUUGUUUUCAAAAUGAACAUCCCUGCUGCGAGUCAUAUGGGCGGAGUUUGGGAACGCCAAAUAAGGUCAGUGCGAGCUGUUCUCUCUACGCUUAUGAUGCAGUCUGGAACACAGUUAGAUGAUGAAUCUCUUCGUACUUUUAUGUAUGAAGCUGCAGCAAUUGUGAACAGUCGUCCCUUGACUGUAGAUACUCUUAAUGGUGUCACAUCUUUAGCACCUUUGACACCUAAUCAUUUGUUGACUAUGAAGACUAAGAUUAUAUUACCACCUCCUGGAGAAUUUCAAAAGGAAGACGUUUAUUCUAAAAAGCGAUGGCGUCGUGUGCAGUAUAUGGCCAAUGAGUUUUGGACACGGUGGAAACGCGAAUUUCUACAAAAUCAACAAGUGCGCUCUAAAUGGAAUGAUUCUAAAUGUGAAAUUUGUAACGGUGAUAUUGUUCUUCUGAUAGAUGAUAGUCUUCCGCGAAACCAAUGGUCGGUGUGUCGUGUUGUUGAAACAUAUCCCGAUGCGGACAAUCAUGUGCGUAAAGUAAAGCUUUACAUUGGUAAUAAAUAUUUAAAUUCUGAUGGAAAAUGUGUAAUUCCGCCUGUAUAUUUAGAACGUCCAUUACAGAAAUUAGUUUUACUUCUUGGACUUGAAGACCAGGGAAAUCCCCGCCAAGGAGCCAACUGAACUGUCUUUUUAAAAUUAGAACUCUCUUUAUUAAGUUCGUUGAAAUAUUGAAUAUGUAAUAGUUAAGGUUGUUAUGUUUUUUGUUGAAAAUCAGCAUACUAAUUUUGAGGAGCCAUGUAACAAUUGUCGUCUUGCCGUAGUGUUGCGAUUGAAUGAAUGCAUAGUCAAGUAUAGACCGUAUGACUUACUAGAGGGGUAGCUAUUGGGAGCAUCAAUUGUUUACAUUCUAUGGUUUCCUAAUUAUAUUUUAUAUCCGAAGUAUAGAUAUGUUUAUUAGUAGAUUCUAUAUAUUAGAGUAAAUAUUAAAUACGUACAUUAUUAUUCAGUUAAUCAAAUUAUGAUUAUAAAUAUUUGGUUCGAAUUUGUAUAUGUAAUUUAUUAGUUACUCCAAUAAAUCGUGGUCUUUCGUCUGGGAUCAAGCAUGGCAGCCAAAUUUGUGCGUUGCGGAAAGGGGUGAAGUCAAAAAGUUUUCACAUAUGUGUAUUGUGUGUAUGUUCAACUUGAUAUUCAUCAUAUAAUCAACUUAGAAUUGUCUGUCAACUAAAUGAUGAUAUAAAGAGAAUUCAUUGAACCCUAAAA